GUCAUGAUAUAGUGCACAGGUUGCGCCGUGUCUUCCGCCCACUGUGUCAUUGACUUCUCUUUCAUUGACAACAGGAACCAACAGGCUCAGAAAGAAAGGAAGCAGACGUGAGCAUCGCUGGCAGCUACCGAGAUCCUGGCAGCCGCCCAGGCAGCAUCUCCGUCCUCAGCAUCUCUACCAGGGACAAGCAAGGUCAGACAUGGCGUUCAGUAGGAGAUUUGCCGGCCUGCAGCUUCAAGAACAAGGUAUUGAUAUCAAGCAGUUUGAGGAUGAUUUCCUGACGGCUCAUAAUAAAUAUCGGAAGCUGCACGGAUCGCCUCCUCUGCAGCUGAACAGGGACCUCUGCAAGUCCGCGCAGAAGUGGGCCGACCAUCUGCUCUCCAUCCGGACCCUGCAACACAGCGACAGCGACCAUGGAGAAAACUUAUACUACAAGAGCAGCUCCAGCCCCAAAGACCUGGCAGGGAAUGAGCCCGUGGACAGCUGGUACAGUGAGAUUAAGAACUAUGACUUCAGUAAUCCCGGCUUCUCCAGUAACACAGGUCACUUUACCCAGGUUGUCUGGAAGGAGUCCAAGGAGGUGGGACUGGGACUGGCUACGGAUGGUAAAAAGGUCUACUUCCUGGUGGCCCAGUACAACCCAGCUGGGAACAUCACCAACCCAGGCUACUACGAGAGGAACGUAUUACCUUGUGCAACGGCGCCACCUACCGCCAGUGCUGGGUCUGAUCCCCGACUGAAAGCAGCAAGUAACAAGGAGCCAUCUGUGGCCAAGACAUACCAUGAUACCUCACCUGUAUCCAGGGCUGACCAAGGUGUUGAAGGAAACCAGUUCGAGAGAGAUUUUGUGUCGGCCCAUAACGUCUACAGGAAGAAACAUGGAGCCGCGCCACUCCAGCUCAACCGGGACCUCUGCCGCUCAGCACAGGCAUGGGCGGACCACCUGCUGUCCAUCCGGACCCUCAAACACAGCGGGACGGACCAUGGAGAGAACCUGUACUACAAAUACAGCUCCAGCACCCGAGAGCUUCCAGGUGAGGAGCCGGUUGACUCGUGGUACGAUGAAAUAAAGAACUAUGAUUUCGGUAGGCCCGGAUUCCGCAGUAACACAGGUCACUUCACCCAAGUUGUCUGGAAGGACUCAAAAGAAGUUGGCGUUGGUUUGGCCACAGAUGGCAAUGGCCUUUUCUUUGUGGUGGGACAGUACAACCCAGCGGGAAACAUCACCAACCCGGGUUAUUUCGAGAGGAACGUGCUGCCCUCAGGAACAGCCCCAUCGGUAUCGGACAGCGAUGGAUCCGGCUCACGGUGGAAACCAAGUGUCAACAAGUCUCCAGAACCGGACAAGACAAGUGAUCGAAAGCCUAUGGCAUUGGUUGGCCGGCAAGCUGUAAAACUCAGCAGUUUCGAGCAGGAAGCAUUGGAUGCCCACAAUCAGUAUCGCCGUCUGCACGGAGCACCCCCUCUACAGCUGACCCGGGAAUUGUGUGAGUCUAGUCAGAAAUGGGCCGACCACCUUCUGUCCAUCAACGCACUACAGCACAGCAACACCAACCAUGGGGAAAACCUCUGGUACAAGUGGAACUCCAGUGUCAGGGACGCGUCAGGCUCGGAGGUUGUGGAUACGUGGUACAACGAGAUAAAGGACUACAGCUUUAGCAAGCCCGGCUUCCAGUCCAACACAGGUCACUUUACGCAGGUGGUUUGGAAGGACUCUAGAGAAGUUGGCAUUGCCAAGGCUGUGGAUGGUAAAGGGAUGGUGAUAGCAGUAGCACAAUACAGUCCGGCAGGUAAUAUCACCAACCCCGGAUACUUCCAGAAGAACGUUCUGCCCAAGGGAACCCCAGUGACAGAGUCGGCAACAAGCCCCAGCGACCGGGGGACGUCAUCCACCUAUUAUGUGCCCGCACGCGGGGGAGACGCUUCAUCGGCAUCUACAGUGGACCCAAGAACAUUUGCGCAGGAGUUCCUGAAGGUAAACAACGCUUACCGGUCACAACACGGCGCCAGACCCCUACAGCUGAAUUCUCGCAUCGGCCAAGAUGCCCAAAAGUGGGCGGAGCAUCUCUUAACCCUAAAGACCCUGAAGCACAGUGACACCUCCUGCGGAGAGAAUAUUUGGGCUAAAACGGGAAGUCCGUCCAUCACCGUGACAGGACAAGAAGUUGCUGACAGCUGGUACAAAGAAGAAAAGAACUACAAUUUUUCCAAGGCCGGGCACCAGCCAGAUACAGGACAUUUCACCCAGAUGGUAUGGAAGGCAUCCAAGGAAGUCGGAGUUGGUGUUGCAUCUAGCGGGAAAGGAAUGUACAUUGUUGUAGCCCAGUACCAUCCAUGCGGUAACAUCACAAACCCGGGGUUCUACGCCCGUAACGUCCUACCCCGGGGCUCCAGGGUAACAGACGACGAUGACGAUGAAGAUGGUUUUGUGAAGGAUUCGGCUCCUAAUGGUAUCAUUGCUAUUCCAGAUAAAGACCUCAAAACAUUCCGAAAAGAUCUACUAAAUGAGCACAACAAGUACAGGCGCCAGCACGGGGCGGGGACCCUGCAGCUCAGCACGUCACUGACCCAGGAAGCCCAGAAAUGGGCGGACCACCUAGUGGGGGUGCGCGCCCUUCAGAACAGCUCUACCGAACACGGGGAGAACCUCUGGUAUCGCUGGGGCACAGACACCAGCCUGCCUACUGGGAAAGAAGUGGGAGAAUCCUGGUACAACGAGAUUACAAAGUACAACUUCAGCUCCCCCGGAUUCCAGAGCGGAUCAGGUAACUUCACCCAGAUGAUCUGGAAAGCGUCUUCCCAGGUCGGGUUCGGACUGAGCACAGACAAUAAAGGGAUGUACAUCGCCGUCGGCUUCUACGACCCCGCCGGUAACAUCGCCAAUAAAGGAUACUUCGAGGAUAACGUGCUGCCCAAAAAGAAGUGACCUGGAACUAUCACCCCUAACGUCAAGCACUCACCAACACUUGACUUUAUUGAAUGGUUCAGUGCGCCCUCUAGUGGCAGGGCCCCUUACUACAAGUGUCAGGGAUUAGAAAUGUAUGAACAAUUGAAAGAAAAACCCCACUUAUGGCUAAAUGAAGGGCAUAUUUAUUAAGUGGAAGGUGUGGGCCUCCAGCUGUUUACGCUCCACUUACUUACGCAUUCAAUACAUGUCAAGAUUUACACGUCUGCAAAUCCAUAAAAGGUUUGGGAUACCCCUUCCCCCCCCCCCCCUCCAUUCUAGUACGCUCUUUUCUUAGGGGGACGGCUAUUGCCUAAGGGGUGUGGCUUUUAUGGUGGAAUUUUUGGGAUGCAUGAUCUGUACAUAGUUCGCAUUAUGAAGGAAGUUUAGAUUGUAUGGUGAUCUAUAACAGUGUUUCCCAACCAGGGUGCCUCCAGCUGUUGCAAAACUACAACUCCCAGCAAAACUGGUAUGUAGUUAUUUAAUGACAGUGGUCUCCAAGCAAUGGACCUCCAGCUGUUGCAAAACUACAACUCCCAGCAUGCCCGGACAGCCUACGGCUGUCCGGGCAUGCUGGGAGUUGUAGUUUUGCAACAGCUGGAGGCACCCUGGUUGGGAAACACUGAUCUAUAACUUGAAAUGCACUAGGAGGCCUAUAGGGGGUGCCACCAGAGGUCUUGGCAGUUACUUCAUAAACCGGGAUGGCGGGGUUCACCCCUUUUUAACUCAAGAACUGCCCCAAGCCCCACCCCAACUCGUGUCACUUUAAAGGGUUACUCCGCUCCCCAGCGUCCGGAACUCAACGACCGUCACGCCCCCUCCCAUAGGCUUGCAUUGAGGGAGCGGGACGUGACGUCACGGGGCGGGGGUGAACACGGAAGUCCGCAACCUGCGUUCGGAACAUUGAGUUCCGGACCCUGGGGAGCAGAGUAAACCCUUUUUUUAGGCCAAAGCCGACAUGGCGGCCUCAGAGUGAAUGACGUCUAUUAACCACUAUUUACAAGGGACUGUCUUAAAGGAAUUUUCCACUUUUAUGGGCAAAAUACCAUUGUCGAAAAUGAUGCCGCUUGGGAUCUGUUGGCUCCAUGGAGUAACGUACUUGAAAGGUCACAAUAGUCAGAUGGGUGAGGAGGGGCCCUGCUACGACUGCUACCUCUGCGCCCCCUACAGCUACUGUAGAGGGCGCAGAGGUAGCAGUCGUAGCGGGGCCCCAAAGCCCAUGUCUUAUCAGAAUAAGAUUUUGCAUCGGGGCUCAGUAGCUACAAAUUCCACCUCUGUCAGUGAAGGUCCAUUAAUAUUGAGAACAAGGAGGCUCUGCCCCCAUUUUCAUUUAAUAGGGGGGUCCCAACUUUACCAAAACCAAUCCAUCCAAAGCCACAACAUACAAAGAGAAGGGGCCACCCCAAUACAAGGGCUUGUUCUCCCCUCCACACCCUUUCCGUGACCCUUGGGCCUCUUCCUUCUAGUGGAGAGAGUCCUUCCGGGGACCAACCAGGACUGGGCUCCCCAUCUCCAAGGGCCCCAUAGUCCUUCUCUUUUGGUACUUAUAACCUUGAUCCGAAACGCUCACACGGUUUAACCAUUUCUGCCAAGGAUCAAGAAUUUGAAUCUAUCAAUCUUUAUUUUUGAAAUUUUUGUUGUUGUUGUUGUUGUUGUUUACGCCGCUCUCUGGACAAGGUACGAAGAUCCUGUCUGUCCGACCACUAAUACUCCGGUCUUAAUUUGUUACCAUGGUAACUACAGUCCUUGCUUUUUCUAUUAAAAUUUUUUUUUCGUUCCACCGGUUUCUUGG